AUGACGGAAGAACUAAAGGAAGGAGCGGCCGAGGCACCUGCUGCUCAGGAUAUCAUGGGCAAACUGCAGAGCAAAAUUCGCAACAGGUCCUCUAAAUACAGGGCUGAGGAAGAGAGCCCACCUGCCAAGACUGUUCUGCAGUACAGCCCUGCUCACAGGGAUGCUGUCGCUUCUGUGGCUUCCCUUCCACCAGACCUGUGCCUGUCAGGAGGAAAAGACAAGAUGGCUGUUGUAUACAACUGGAGAUGUGGCACUGUGGUCAGGCGGUUCCUGGGACACGAGCGGGAAGUCACAAAGGUCACUGGUCUCCCCCAUUCCAGCUGGCUUUUCAGUGCUUCCCGAGACAAAACAGUGCUGCUGUGGGAUUUGCAUGGUGCUUCUGGGCCGGUCCAGUGUUUUUCAGGACACGAUCUGGUAGUCACCGGUUUGGCUGCUAGCCCAGCUUUCCGACAGCUCUGCACGGGUUCCCGUGACAAUACUGUCUGCAUGUGGGACAUGGAGACAGGCGACUGUUUGCACAGAGCGGCCAUUUCAAGGAACCUGGUAACACACCUGUGCUGGAUUCCUGGUGAGCCGUAUGUCAUCCAGACAUCAGAGGAUAAAACAGUCAGGAUCUGGGACACCCGGGAACUGCAGGUGGCGCAUUCCUUUCCUGCCAGACAGCACAUCCAGACAUCCUGCGACGUUAGCCCAGAUGGACGCUACUGCGUCAGCUGCAGCUCUGGCUUUGGUGGGGAAGGCUGUGAAGCCACGCUCUGGGACCUGCGGCAGACGAGAAGCAGUGUGCGUGAGUUCCGGGGCCACUUCCAAACCACGAUGUCCUGCAUCUUCCUCCCCAAAGGCCUCACCCCCUUCCCUGCCAUUGCCACUUCAUCACAUGACGGCACAAUAAAAAUGUGGAGCCAGGAGACUGGAGCCUGCCUGACCACCACCUGCCUCGACGGGGCCGGGCCUCUUCCUUCGCUAUCCACCUGCGAGACGGGCGGCCUCCUUUGCGCCAGCUCAAACUCUGGGAUUCAUUUGCUGAGAGUCGGCUCCACAAAGGCACUGGAGCUGCAGGAAGUGGCCAAGUUCUGA